CAGAAGUCAGUUACGAAGCGAACUGUCGCAACGAACGGGUCUUUUUCGAAAUUAACCGAAAUCAAAAAUCAAAUCUAUAAACAUGAAUUGCCUAUCGCAGAUGGUCAAGUACUUACUGUACUUCCUUAAUGUCGUAUUUGUGGUUGGUGGCGUAUUGCUCAUCGUGGUCGGUUCGAUCAUGCUGGACAGCAUGGGAACCUUCGGCUCGUUCAGCGAGACGUUCAAUGCACGGACCAUACCCAUUUGCAUCAUAAUCCUUGGCUGCAUCAUAUUCGUGGUUGCCUUCUUUGGCUGCUGUGGCACCAUACGCGAAAAUGCCUGCUGCACCACAAUUUAUGCUGUCUGCAUGUUCAUCUUGUUCGCCUUGCAAUUGAGCUUGUCCAUUUACAUCUUUGUGGAGAACGACACUUUUGCUGAAAAGAUAAGCGAGUUGGUGAACAAGGCCUGGGCGGAGAACGACGAUGCCAACGGCUAUCCCAUGAAUGCUCUGCAGCUGUCUUUCAAAUGCUGCGGCCGAACAAGCUAUAAGGAUUAUAUCGAAAAGGUCCCCGCCUCCUGCUGUGGGUAUGUGGAUCGUGACCAGACCUGCUCAGCGGCCAUUUACGAAUCGCGUCCUGGCUGCUAUGAUAAGUUCAGCGAUUUCUGGACCACCAACGCAGACAUCAUAAGCUGGAGCAGCUUGUGCAUAUCGCUAUUUGAGCUCACCAUCUUUGUGAUCUCCUGCUGCUUGGCCAGCGCCAUGAAAAAGCGCUAAGCCCUAGCCUCAGAUAGUCUAUAUACUAUGUAUAGUACAUCAUUACAUCAUCAUUCAUCAACGAAUGUCCAUCACAGCCAUAAAUAAACAAACUAGAUUAGUAGAUACUUUACGAUGUGA